AUGGUCUUAUUCAUCGUCCUCCGCCCGGCUCUCGCCCCCGCCUUCUCCUCUUCUUUAUCCGCGCUCCACGCGAUGCUGCCAAGAGCUCCUCUCAUCUGUUCUGCACAGAGGCCUGGGGAUGAAAGGGCUGACAGGUGUCUCGUUGCCAGUCGCCAGGCACGGGGCACUGUAAGCAAGCUGCAGACCCGCGGCUCUCGGGCUCUGCCCGCAAAGGGGCGAGAGGAGCGAGGGCAGCAGCGGGAAGGCGUGGGGCCGCCCUGCCGCCCCGGAGGGCUCCAUCUCCCCUGGAGCCGCAGGCCCGGGACGGGGUCCCCACCGCAGCAUCACUUGGGGCGCAACCUCCCAGACCUCGGUGGAGAAAACACGGCCCCGACUCCUCCCUUCCUCCCAGGGUCAGUGGGCAUCAGGCUCGAUGACACGGGGCCAGGGGACCGGGAGGAGGCUGGCGGGGAGGCAAAGGCUCCGUCCUGCGGUCCGACCUCCCAGGGCUGCUCGCCGGGUGAUGACAUGGUCCCCUGUACCGACCGGCCCCCUGGACCCGGCGGGUGA